UCAUCUGCAAAACAACCAGCAGCAGCAGCAGCAGCAAAAGCAAGACUCCUGAGCCGCCGACUACAAGAGGGUUAAAAGUGUAGAUUGGAUUUCACCCCGGGAAAUCUAGCACACGGAGUGAACUUGAAUCUUUGGCUAUUUAAGGAGGACUGGGGUUUGUUGAGAAGUUGUGGUGAUCCAGAGCAGAGCCCCGUCCUGAUUGAUUUCAUCUUCCUUGAGUCUCAGAUGACUGUAAAAUGAAUAGAUGAAAUUAUUCCUUUUUGAGGCUUUUCUUAGGGGCUCUCCGGGCAGCGUGUUCUCAAAGCGAAGUCAUGAUGUAUUCUCCAAUCUGUCUCACUCAGGAUGAAUUUCACCCGUUCAUUGAGGCACUUCUUCCACAUGUCCGUGCAAUUGCCUAUACUUGGUUCAAUCUUCAGGCUCGAAAACGCAAGUACUUUAAAAAACAUGAGAAACGAAUGUCAAAGGAUGAGGAAAGAGCAGUCAAGGAUGAGCUACUUAGUGAAAAGCCUGAAAUUAAACAGAAGUGGGCAUCCAGACUCCUGGCCAAGCUGCGCAAAGAUAUUCGCCAAGAGUUCCGGGAGGAUUUUGUGCUCACGGUGACUGGGAAGAAGCACCCAUGCUGUGUAUUGUCCAAUCCUGACCAGAAGGGCAAGAUCAGGAGAAUCGAUUGCCUGCGACAGGCUGACAAAGUCUGGCGUCUGGAUCUAGUCAUGGUGAUCCUGUUCAAAGGCAUCCCCUUGGAAAGUACGGAUGGAGAACGUCUCAUGAAAUCCCCACAUUGCACAAAUCCAGCACUUUGCGUCCAGCCACAUCACAUAACAGUAUCAGUCAAGGAGCUUGAUUUGUUUUUGGCAUACUACGUGCAGGAGCAAGAUUCUGGACAACCAGGAAGUCCAAGCCACAAUGAUCCUGCCAAGAAUCCACCAGUGUACCUUGAAGACAGUUUUGUGAAAUCUGGUGUAUUCAACGUGUCAGAACUUGUCAGGGUGUCAAGAACACCCAUAACCCAGGGAACUGGAGUGAACUUCCCAAUUGGAGAGCUUCCGAGCCAGCCAUAUUACCAUGAUAUGAAUUCGGGUGUAAAUCUACAGAGGUCCUUGUCCUCUCCACCAAGCAGCAAAAGACCCAAAACUAUCUCCAUAGAUGAAAAUAUGGAGCCAAGCCCAACAGGAGACUUCUAUCCUUCUCCAAAUUCACCAGCUGCGGGGAGUCGGACAUGGCAUGAAAGAGAUCAAGAUAUGUCUUCUCCUACAAUGAAGAAACCUGAAAAGCCUUUGUUUAGUCCUACUUCUCCCCAGGAUUCUUCACCAAGACUGAGCACUUUUCCCCAGCAUCACCACCCAGGAAUCCCAGGAGUUGCACACAGUGUCAUCUCAACUAGAACUCCACCUCCACCUUCACCAUUGCCAUUUCCAGCACAAGCUAUUCUCCCUCCUGCCCCAUCUAGCUACUUCUCUCAUCCAACGAUCAGAUAUCCUCCCCACCUGAAUCCUCAGGAUACUCUGAAGAAUUAUGUACCUUCUUACGACCCGUCCAGUCCGCAGACUAGCCAGCCUAACAGCAGUGGUCAAGUAGUAGGGAAAGUGCCUGGCCAUUUUACUCCAGUUUUGGCACCCUCUCCCCAUCACAGUGCGGUGCGACCUGUGACCCUGACCAUGACAGAUACUAAACCCAUCACUACAUCCACUGAAGGUGAGGCAUCUUCACCUACAGCAACCACCUACACAGCCUCAGGCACAUCCCAAGCCAAUCGAUAUGUGGGACUAAGCCCAAGAGACCCAUCCUUCCUACACCAGCAACAGCUGAGAAUUUGUGACUGGACCAUGAAUCAAAACGGCAGGCAUUUAUACCCCAGUGCCAGUGAGGAUACAUUGGGAAUUACUUGGCAAAGUCCUGGUACUUGGGCUAGCUUGGUUCCUUUUCAAGUAUCAAAUAGGACACCGAUCCUGCCGACAAAUGUCCCAAAUUAUGGUUUGAACAUAAUUGGAGAACCUUUCCUUCAAGCAGAAACAAGCAACUGAGGGAAAAAAAUUAUUACAAUUAAAAGCAAAAUAAAAAAAAAAAAAAAAAAAGAAAAAAGAGAAGAAGACAGGAUGAGAAAAGAACCUGAAGAAAGAAGAAAAAGUAGACCAGCAAAUGCAGCUCUUACAAUCACAAAUUUCCUUAUGGUUGAAACUGAAAUGAGAUACAAAGAGUCGAUGAUAUUUCACUGAUGGGUAGAAUGCAGCUCCUGCUAAGUAGCCUUUGUUAUAUGAAGUCCACUGGGAAAUAGAUGUUCUGUCUCCGACAAUAUAUUUUAACUGACUUUCUAGAUGCCUUAAUAUUUGCAUGAUAAGCUAGUUCUAUUGGUUUAGUAUUCUUGUUGUUUACGCAUGAGAUCACUGUUCCUGGUUAUCUCACAAAACAAAGGCUAGGCAGCAGCAGCAGAGCUGCAGGAGGACAAGGGCCGUGAGUCAGCCAUUUUCUCAACACUCUGAUUUCUAAAUGUUUUAAAAAUAAGCUCUGUAGCCUUUAGUUAUCAGUAUGGAUUUAUUAAACUUUGGCCCUUAAUUCAGCCUUUUAUAGUGUGUUAUGCAGUUUGAAGUUUUCAAUCAGUAUGAACACACAGGCUCUAUGAAAGAAAUGCCUCUACAUAGGUAAAAGUGUUAUCUUCUCAUGCAACAGUAAAAAAAAAAAAAAGAAACUGAAAAAAGUGACAUUUUCCCCACUAAAGAAACACUUACAGAGGCAAGUGCAAUUUAAAAAUCGUAUCUAAGGGGUCAUCACUAUAAGUCCUUCAGCCCUUGGACUCUAAAUUGAGGGGAUUAAAAAUAGAAAUAAAAAUUACUUUGAACAAACUUACUUUUCCCCUCAAUUUUUGAGGGCAUUAAAAGGCAUUAAAUCAAGACAAAUCAUGUUCUUGAGAAAAAGAAAUCAAUGAAAACACAGCACUUAUGUUGAUUUAGCUGCUGCCUCCACAGAGAGGUAGGAUUUAUUUAUUUAAAGUUACUUGUUGCAUCAAGUACCCAUAGGGUUUACAUCUUUCAGUAAAAUCUACAUCAUAGAGACAAAGACAUAGGCAAAUCCAUGUCACAAGGGCAAAGCUUACCGUUUACAAACUGGUAAUACCAGGAUGGGGAUAUGUUGUAUUUAAAUAAUGCACUCUUAAUGUAAGUCUAAUUACAGGGUGCUGUAAACUUGCAUGGUGCUUUCAGAAGUUAGCCUUGUUCAACAAUUUUCACAUAUUGACAGAAAUAUAAUGUGCAUGGGCAGACAUUUUGCCUCUAUGUCUCUUUAAAAAUUUAAAAUACUCUUUCCAGUUAUCCUAAUUUGCACGAAGAUAUAAUGUCCACAUUACGUGCCUUGCCUUGAAAUCUAAAAAAUGGAAAAAAACAAAAAAAGAAAAAACUACAAAAAAAUUGACAUCACUACACUUGUUUUGCUGCAUUUAUUAUAAUUUUAAAUCUUUACCAUUUUUAUGACAAAAUAUUUUGUAUUCCAGAUGCGAAAAAUGUGUGACAUCAUGGAUUUUUUAGACAGUUAUACCUUUAUCUCACAUUUAUAAAGCAUAUCAUGGCUGUGUAUAGUUGCCGCUUAAGAAUUGUAAUCGACCAGCAAUAUUUUCAGUAUUUUGGUGUUUUUUCUAUUAACCUUUCAUGUUUUUCAUCUUCCAAUUAAUAUUGGGGGGAGGGGAUACAAAUUUAUACGAAUUAUGCAAUACCGAGUUUUGCCUAUGUAGGUAGUGCUUUUAGCUGUAUUGGUUAUUAUAGGUAAGUACACAGAUUUAAAAAAAAAAAAAAAAAGGAAUACUGUAUGCUUUUUCUGUUUGUUUUAAUUGACCAAAGUGGGUACUGCUAUUUUUGCAGUGUGAUGAGGUCCUUUUCUGUACUGAGAGGUGGACAGGGGAUUUUUUUUUAUACAUACAUAUAUAUAUAUUCUGGGGUGGGUGGGGAGGAUUUUUAACACUUUACAGUGUAGCUGUGAAGCAGUGCACCCUUAGCCAGGCAAGGGCUGCAAAGCAACUGUUCUGCCUACUGUGACAAACUUUCAAAUCGGUUCCCUCUUUUUAACUUCACACCUGGGGUGCAAGCUGAAAUCAUUUCUGGAUUUAAAAAAUAAAUAAUGAAUUCUGUUGGAGGCAGACUUGACUUGAGGAAAUUGUUUUACUUCAAGGGUUUUUUUCUUGAGAAAGAGAGACAGACAGAGAAAUAGGUCAAGACCCACAGUGAGGUGAAGCCUUUUCCAUUCUGGCAGAUACUACACCCAAAAGAGUGCAUGUUAGAAAAUGCUUUUAGCUCAGAAUGACAAAGACACUUGCUUUGUCUAGGAAAUGCAAAUACAGGGCCAAAAUCUUUGCUGGCAUAGUUCCAGUGACUCCAGUUGACUCUGGAGUUGUUUAUGCAGAGAAUUUGCCUCCCUUAGACUGCUUGACUGGUAAAAUUUAUUUUUUUUUUUUUUACUUCACAUUAUUAUUUUUAUCCCUGUCCUUCCACCGAGUUUUUUAAUUCACAGCAUCUGAAUUACAACUUUCAGCCAGCUUGGGCUACAUCAGAGGUUUGCAAAGUCUUCUCAUACAGCAGAUCACAUGGAGAGUUCUAGGCUGUAGUGGAGAAGGAAUUUAUGCAAGGAAAAAAUGAUGGAAAUGAAGAUCUUUUUCCAGUAAAAUCUCAUUUGGUAGACCAGUAAUGGGCCUGUUGCUGGAGACCUCUUAUACACCAGGGAUCUUUGCAAUGUGUGGCUUAACACAGGGUGAAUUUUUCUUUAAAGCACAUCCUUUUAUUAGGGUGCAAGCAGAGGAGAGUAUAGAUGUGGGUAUAAGAUACCCUGGUAGGAAAAUCCAUCCCUUUGCAAUUGUCUCUACCUUUUGGAGGUUUUCUUACUCUGGAGCAGUCCCAGAGGUGCAGCUCCAGCUUCAGCCACCCCUGUGAGCACUGGUCAGGGGCACACCACCAUUAGUCGCUUCUGGCUUCAGCCAGUCCGUGGUGCUUAAGAGCCGUGGUGUUGGCACAACCCCAUGUCUCCAGGAGGAGACGUGUAGGCAGGGCCUGAAUGGCUAAUGAGACAGGAUUUGUAAAGAAAUAAAUCUUUGAGAUUUAGCUAAACUGAAGAAAAAUAUAAGACACAAAAAAAAAAAAAAAAGAAAAAAAGAAAAAAAAGGUAAAAUUGUGUUGUUCUUUUUCUGAGCCCCAUGGUAGAUCAAUUGUUUGCUAAACAUAUGACAAAGUAUGCUAGACCCAACCGGAGUGCAUCAUAGGCUCUGGCCUAGUGAAAUAAAUUAUGUGUUGUCCUUUAUGCAUGUCACUGAUGCAGAACAGUUUGGAAGCAGAAAGGUGUGCUAGGGGGACAUUCUUGAUUAUUACCAUUAGAAAGGUGUUCCCCCUAUGCUUUCAGUAGCACAUUGGGAGAAAAUUGGAACAAAUUCAGGCUUCAACAUGCAACAGCCAAAAAUGAUUGCCCUUGUAGAAAAAUGGAUAUCCUUAACAGAGCCUUUUUUUAAUCUCUGACCACCUAUGUGCAAAAAAAGCUGAGCUUACAGAUGCAAUUUUUUAAAAAGUAAACUCUUUCCUUCCAUGUGAACAAAUGAGAUUGUUCAGCAGCUGUGGGUUUUUGACACCUGCCUCUCUAAUAGAAAAGCCUGUUUGGAAGAUAAUGAAUUUUUCAUUUAUUGUAGGUUGACUUUGUUGGUUGUUUUGUUUUGUUUUUGGGUUUUUUUUGAGCUCAGCAGUCAAAAGAUUAAGAUGAUUGAGAACUCAAAUCCAGUCUCUGGCCUCCUCCUUCACCAGGAAGUGUAUUCUGACUAAAUUGAGCCACCCCGUUCUAUGUGCACUGUUCUGCCUUUAUUAAGUUGCUUUGCAGCCCUGGCCUCAUGGCUGUGCCACUGAAGUGUGUUUCCCCUGGAGUGACAUGAACGCUUGAGGCUUGACUAAGGAAAAAAAAAAGGCAGUGAAGGAGACUGUACAUAAAGACAUGGCAAAAAUAUUAAUUAUAGCAAUAUAGUUGUGGGGUGAUGUUCAAGUGGGCAGCUCCAUUGAAAAUAUGUGAAUGAGCUUGUGAAGCUGCAAGUAGCAAGAAGAAAGGAGGAUCUUCUGAAUGAACCGCCUACCUUGUAGACAGUAAUUUGUACACUGUAUAGUUUUGUUAAGGAUUUUUUUUUAAUUAAAAUACCCUUGUUUGUAAAGCUAACUUUUUAACAAUUAUAAUGGAAAUGUGUUUCCAUUUUUAAACAAAAAUAUUCUUUGUUUGGAAACUGGACUUGGGUUAAAACUCUCCAGUUUCUUAAUUUAUGUAUUAAAAAAAAAAUCUGUCCAUGUUAGGAAUUAUUUCGCAGAUUCCUGUGCUUGAAAAGCGUGGGUUACUAAUCCUUUAAAAAUGUAAAUGGAGAAAAGUUAUAUUUUAUGAAGGUUAUUUUGUUGUAUUUAGUAUUGGAAAAGUUGGUUUUCAGAGCAUUUCAAAAUGUUGGAAGCACCACUGUCUUUUUAUUAGUAUAUAUGGCCUUUAGCAAAAGUUUUUGUGAUUGUUACAUGAUGGUAUUUAAGAUUAGGUUCACAGAGCAAUUCAGGAUAGGCAGAGAGCUAAAACAGUACUUAAGUCUCACACAGCUGUGUCCUCAGGGAGCAGAUUUUUGGAUUUGCAACUUGUAGCUUCAUAAGGACUUAAUGAAAGAGAUUGCACAAGGACAUCUGUGACACCGGAGUGUGUUCUGUACCUAAAUUUAAAUUAUGUGUACUGUGUGAGAUUAUGAAGGCUGCAGAAAGUUAUCCCAUAUUCAGUGUACAGUUUUCACUUUCAAUAAAAAAACUCUCUAAUGUUGCUGGCAGUAAGACCCCAAGCAUGACAUCCUCUAUGGUUUACAUGAUCCUGUCAAGGUCUUUUGUUAACAUUAACCAGCUGCAUGCUCCUGGAUUUUUUUUAUUGGGUUUCUAUAGAAAGCUUAAGAAAAAAAAAAGAGAGAGUAAAAUCAUAUGCCAGCUAAUAAAGUUAAACAGGAAAAGCUCAAAGCUGAAUGUUCUACUCCAUGCUGAAGGAGCUGAAAACUGCCUCCUUCUUAUUUGCACUUUCUGCUAGUUCCCCAGUUUUUCUAAUUUUUCAGAAUUAUGUGGGUGUGGUGGAGCACUGCAGUUGGAGGAUAACAUGGACCACUUAUUUUGCCCUUUAACCCUGCACAGUGACCUUUGCAUCAGCCAAACUUAUUGCCAUGACAACUCUUUGUACUGUUUCCAUGCCACAGCUCUGUUGGUCACAUUGUCAAUAGUAAAGGGGACAAGUUGGAGACGGUCAAUUUUUACAUUUUUUGUUGCAAUUUUUUCUUCAAUGGUUGUAAGUAGUUGUUUGUUUGUUUGUUUGUUUGUUUUUUAUGAUAAAAGGGUUCACUAGUUAGUACUCUUUAGAAAUAUCUGUGUGUUACAAUUCAGAUGUAUGUUGAAUUUGUAAAAAGGGCUUCAGUGUCACUAGCAUCAUGAUAUACUAGAAUAAGCCUUUGAUACUUUCAUUGCAUGAUAUGGUAACAGUAAAACAAAAGGU